GUGGUGGGAAACCCCGCUACUGGCAUCUUGGCAGGCGACGAAUGGUCCGUACCCGCACAUACAUACCCUUUAUUGGACAUCCCUACCAUCACAAUUAUCAUUGUACUUGAGUCAAGUGAAAUAAUGUCUGCCAUCACUUGGUCCGCGAAGCGCACGCCCAUUACGUACCGUGCUCACACGGCUGGCAAGUCAAAGUUUAGGCAACGGCUGGAGAACGAAAUGCGGCGCCUGAAAGGCGGUCUGCAGCUAGAGCCCCCAGUUGUUUAUACAUCUGCACAUGAGCAAAAGCCGUAUCAGCUCAGAAAGGAGCCUGAGAACGCGAGGAGCCGCAGACACAGUCCUGAAUAUGAGGGAGGAUCGAUACGAGGAUCCAUGCCAAGUAAAUGCUCCCACGAUGGAAAGCCCAAAGCGCACCACACUGUGGACUCCAGCGUAUCCGUUGUAGUCACGCACUUUGGACCACAAGAUGUCGUGUUAUCCAAAAAUGACACUUUUCAAGCUCCUAGAAAGAGACGGUUGCGGCGAAGAAAAGAUCGAAAACCCAGCCCGAAAACAGACGAUGACGAUUCGGGAGCAAUGGAUCGCCAUCUUUCAGUGGAUGCUCGUGGAAUGAAAACCACAACAGUGUUUGAGUUUCUUGGAAGCGCAUUUGGAAGUCCCAACCAAAAGCGCCGUGCAAACAAGACGAAAGUUGCACCCACUCCACCGAGACGCUACAAAAGAAUGAGCGAUGAAGCAUAUGUGGACGAGCUGAACCCUCUAGUUACCAAAGUCGAUUCACGGAAGCGACUCAAAUUUGUGAAGAGUGAUGGCGACGAUGAAGGAGAUAGUGUAUCCCCAUGUCGCAUGUAUAUCCGCGAAGGGCGUAGCCCAAACAAGAUCGUCUAUAAAGCACACAAGAGUAAGACCACCACGGAGAUGGGGUUGACAACUAAGAUGGAAUCAUUGGCUGGUACAACGAGAAAUUUUAGUUCACUUGCCAACUCUGCAACUGCUUGCCAAAGAUUGCAGACAAGAGAAGCCGCACUGACUGAUGUUGCUCAGGAUUCGGAUAUCCUACAACGUUCGUCUUUCGCAGACAAGAUUGAAAUCAACGACCGUUCCACGAAUGGUCUAAUUCUACAAGAUGAAAGCGUGGUGAUUGGGAGCGACAUUAAACCUAGCAUGCAGGACCGCGCAGUUCAGGAUCGUACUGCAACAUCAAGCCAUUCAUCUCCGCCACGAAAGAAAAAGGUUCUCAAUUUUACUGCGUCCACAAUUCUAAGGUCAUUGGAACAUGAACCGGACAGAGGUCCGGCAAAUAUAUCUUCAUCCGACACUCAUCGGAUUAGCCGAAUGAAGAAAAUGACCGAUUCGUGCCCUUCAAAAGGAAAUUAUGACAUUGGAAAUGUGCGACGAAACAGAAGCGGUAUCAGCGCUUCUGAUAGGCAGAGCCAGCAGACUACUGCCGAAAAUAACCUGGAAAAACCUGAAGAUUCUGUCACUUUCUUCUCUUCAGCGGAACUAACGGAUCUAUCACAACUCCCAUGCACCUCUGUGACAUCAGGAGAAGACGAAGAUUCCCCGGUGAACCUUGACUCGCUGUGGCAACAACAUGAUGACCACGAUGCUGAUCGCGUCCCACGUUCACGCAUCCGUGAAUCGAGACGAAAAGCAGAAUGGAUGGAAACCAUUUCCUCUGGCGGCGAAAGCGCGUCUAAUGGUUCUGACAGAUGUAUUCAGGCGGACGCUGAGCAUGCUAGGGAACUUCUUCCGGGAGAUUGUCGCGAAAAUAGGGUGCCAAGUCCAAUCAUGGAAAGAGGAUCGUACCCGUCACCCCCUCCAGCGCAGAACCAAUUGGCCACUUUUCGCGACUCGGACGUCAUGGAAGACAUAGGGUCUGUAACCAAAUUAAUGGACAGUCAAGUAGUCCCAUUAAGUACACAAAAACAAAAUCCGUGGGUCACGCCAAAGAGGACAGGUGUGUCACUUGAAGACAAAGACCCGAAGACACCGCGUCCCCUCCUCGACAUCAUUCAGAAUCAGAAGCCCACCUGGGAUCGAGCAAUUAGUACCGCGACACGAAAAAAGCGCCAGCUGGUAAUCACCGAAUCUCCUGUCCCCCACCCUAGUCCUUGCAAGCGGACCCCUUCUGCUUGGGAUGAUGACGACGUUUGGAACUUUGGUUAUAGUACGGACGCUGAGGGACGCAAAUCGAAGACACGUGUCGAGAGCAACAUCCCUGGGGAAGGAAUGCAAUCACUGAAAAUCCCCAUAGAACGAGAAAAUCUCACUUUAGAGUAUCAUCCCGUUUCCCUGAGGCCAUUGGAAGGAGAACGGCUCAUCAAUAAAAACAAUGGAUAUCAUGUUUUGGGAUUUUCCGAUGAUGGAGUCCCACUCCGUCGGACUCUGCAUGCAGUGAAGACGGACCGUGCACUAGACGACUUAUUUGAUCGGGUUUGGUGAUCUUUAGUAGCUUCCUACUGCAUCAGAAUCCACCUGCAAACUAAAUAUCUCCUGAUACAAUUUGUUGACCUAUUACUAAAUUUGCAUUUUGUAUGUACUGCUGCACUAUCUUUCCAAUGGACAUUUUUGUUUUUUCGCAUUGAAUACAUUUCAAGUGUACACAC